AGUGCUGUAGUAUAUAUAUAUCAGUCUGGGUAGUAUGUUCUCUCUAUGUCUUGUUAGCACCCCUUCAGUCGACAUGACCUGGCAGAGGCUUGCAGUGAUAGUGGCCGUGGCGGUGACAGCCGCCCCCUCAACGUCCAACACCUUCAAUGCCGUCGAGAAGCCCGGAUGGGAGCCAAACUUUCUUGGUCAGACCCCACUCACGCAUGCGGCGUUCAUGGAAGCCUACUUCUCCGAGGACGACACCCUGGAGUACGAGGACAGGUGGAACAUCUACGUCUCCACCUUCAAUCCUGUCGGUGGGCUGGACGAGGUGUACAGGAUAAGGGCUCCAGGGCGUUACCUCUCAGACAUCAGCGCCUUGAAGGUUGAGGUGAUGGACCAGUCAGCUUACUGGCCCAACAAUCCUGACUACCUCCCUAGUUCAAUCGGAGGCUCCGAGGGAGUCAUCUGGACCUCCGGGUUCCUGGUGACGGGGAAGACAAAGGGGCAGCUGCAGAUGUACGACACCACUAAGGACCCCGUUCUCGGCCCCUACAACAUCGCCUCCGACGACACCAACGACUGGUCGUACCAUCGCGUCGUGUGGAAGGAUAUGGACCAGGACGGUGACUUGGAUGCGCUCACAGCAAGGUUCCACAAGCCUUUAAUUGGGACCACAAAGCACGAUCUGGUGUGGUUCGAGAACGCCGGUGAGGGCUUCAGUGAGGGAUGGACGGCCCACGUAGUAGCGAGCGACGGCCCAGACGUCCAUUUCGCCUUGGUCACCCUCAGCGCCGGCGGGAGGGACUUCGACUGCAUCAUCGUCGGGGAGUUCUUCAACCAGCAGACCUCUAUUUACUGGACUGAGAGCGACACCAACGACUGGACCGACCUCUCCUUGGUCAAGUCUCGGGUCAUCAACGAGAACGCUGGUCAGGUGUUCGACGUUCUAGUGGACGACUUCAACCGUGACGGAACGCUCGAGUUUAUCGCCACGGAGUACAGAACUGACCUCGGAGUCGGCCAGGUCACACUCUAUCAGUUCCCCGAGGACUUUAGAACGGACGAGUUCCCUCGCCUGAAGCUUGCUGACGGGUUCCGUCCUAACCAGAUACUGGUGGGACAGACCAUGUCCCCGGGGACACCCAAGGUCUACUACCCGACCGCCGAAUACGCCAACGACCUUGCUGAAGACGGCAUGCCCCACAAACCCUUCAUCCUGCUGUCUGGGGACGACGACGGCCGCAUGUACGUCCUGUACCCCAACACCGAGGACCGGGACGACUGGGUCUACCAGAAACACAUCCUCGUCGACACCCUAGAAACCACUAUUGGUAAAAUGGCUCACGGGGACUUCAACAACGAUGGGUACGAAGACAUAGUGGUGGGUGGAUACUCCAGUGGUCAGCUCUAUGUGUAUACUUAUGCCUUCCAAGUGUAAGUAGGCCCGCCCUUGGUCGCGCCUCUUUAUAACAGGUAUGCAAGGCGCUCUUUAACAGCACUUAAGUAAAGCACAUAUGUAAAGCACUCGUGUCAAUCACUUAUAGAACACCUAUGUAAAGUUGCUGUGUAAAACAAUAAAGCAAAACACUUAUAAA